AUCUUAUUAUCCAAUUAGAUGCUAACCAAAGCUAAGCUUAAGCUAAUUUGGGUUGGGAGGUAGCGGGAGCCGAGGAAAGGAAGGCAAGGACCGGGAAGCGGUUUGUAUGCGGAAAGCUCCACGGGAAGAGGUCUGCAUCUUCUUCCCCCUCCCUAUCCCUCUCCCUCUGUCACACUCUUACAGGACGACAUAGUUUUUGGUUAAACGCCAAAACCAUCACACCAUUUCCCCAAGCGGCCGCUUGUCGUUUCUCCGCCUCCUACCGCCCCUCCUCCCUCUCUGACAUCAUCGCUUCGUCAACAUACCUGCAAUCGUCACCGUCUCUCUCUCUCUCCCCUCUGUGUUUUUUUGUCGCUUUUUAUAUAAAGACCGCUCAACUUCCCAUUCAUUCAUCGCCACUACGCGAAUUUUCUCGCUCCCCCAUUUCUUCCUCUAUCUUUUUUUCCAUCUGAAAUUUCUCUCUCUCCUCUCUCUCUCCAUGAAUUCUCUGGAAUCCGAAUCAUAAAGAUUAUCUGAAGUCUCUCUCUGUUCACCUCUCUGAGUGUGUAUAUAUAUAGAUUACAUAUAUUUGCUAUUGUUUCAUGGAGAUUGCGGAUUCGCCUGAGGCAGUAGCCACCGCAGGCGCCACCACGAGCCCCCGCGCAGACCCAGAUCUCAACCAAACGCUACGCCGCAGACCCUCAGCCGCCACCGUGGCGGAAUUCGACUCGAACGCGAACCAGGACGGCAAUUCCUUGAACGAUUUGGUUAGAGACCCGGUGAGUGAUGACUUGGUUGGCGCCAAAAUCUGCGACGCCGGCGAUGCCGGUCGUAUUGGAGGCUCUGACGGCUCGGCGGAGUCUGUCAAUGCUGUUCAAGACAAGAAGGGACUCGGGGAGAAUGAUCGGGCCGUUGAUCCCUCCGCCGCGAAAUUCACGUAUCGGCCGUCCGUCCCUGCUCAUCGGAGAGUUAAGGAGAGCCCUCUCAGCUCUGAUGCCAUCUUCAGACAGAGCCAUGCAGGUCUCUUCAAUCUGUGUAUAGUAGUACUUGUUGCUGUAAACAGCCGGCUUAUCAUCGAGAAUUUAAUGAAGUAUGGAUGGUUAAUUAAAACUGGUUUUUGGUUUAGUUCAAGAUCAUUGCGCGAUUGGCCACUUCUUAUGUGCUGCCUUACUCUUCCUAUAUUUCCCCUUGCGGCCUUUGUAGUUGAGAAGUUAGCGCUACAGAAGUGUAUAUCUGAAGCUGCUGUUGUUUCUCUUCAUAUAGUCAUUACCACAACUUCAAUCUUGUAUCCGGUUUUGGUGAUUCUCAGGUGUGAUUCUGCAGUUUUAUCUGGUGUUACUUUGAUGCUCUUUGCUUGCAUCGUGUGGUUAAAACUCGUAUCUUUUGUGCAUACAAACUAUGAUAUGAGAGCACUUCACAAAGCAGUUGAGAAGGGGGAUGCCACACCUAGUUCUCUGAAUACAGAUUACCCUCAUAAUAACAACUUAAAAAGUUUGGCAUACUUUAUGGUCGCUCCAACAUUAUGUUACCAGACUAGUUACCCUCGCACAGCUUCUGUGCGAAAAGGUUGGGUGUUUCGUCAACUUGUGAAGUUGAUAAUUUUUACUGGAGUGAUGGGAUUUAUAGUAGAACAAUACAUCAACCCUAUUGUCAAGAAUUCACAACAUCCUUUGAAGGGGGACUGGUUAUAUGCCAUAGAGAGGGUUUUGAAGCUUUCAGUUCCCAAUUUAUAUGUGUGGCUAUGCAUGUUCUAUUGUUUUUUCCAUCUCUGGUUAAAUAUUCUUGCUGAGCUGCUUUGUUUUGGAGAUCGGGAGUUCUAUAAAGAUUGGUGGAAUGCACAAACUGUUGAGGAGUAUUGGAGAAUGUGGAAUAUGCCUGUUCAUAAAUGGAUGGUUCGCCAUAUCUAUUUUCCAUGCAUACGGCAUGGAGUACCCAAGGGAGUUGCCAUCGUAAUCUCCUUUCUAGUAUCUGCUGUAUUUCAUGAGCUAUGCAUAGCUGUUCCCUGCCACAUAUUCAAGUUGUGGGCUUUUAUUGGAAUUAUGUUGCAGGUACCACUUGUCUUGAUCACAAAUUUCCUGCAAGAUAAAUUCAGAAACUCAAUGGUCGGAAAUAUGAUCUUCUGGUUCAUCUUUUGCAUCCUCGGUCAACCGAUGUGCCUGCUUCUGUAUUACCAUGACUUGAUGAAUCGGAAGGGGCAACUCGAAUGAAGUUUUGAGUCUCGUAAGUAUGGAUCGAAUCGUUCUGGAAGCGGUGUUGCCUCACAAAAUAUGCCGGCUUUUAUACUUUUGCCGAGGCAACUCAACUCAUGCUGCUUCCUUUGGUUUCAACGUGUUCAUCUUUUACAUAUUUUUGCUAAUUCAAUUGACUUUAUAUAAAUCUUUUAAAUAUGUUUCACCCUGGUUUAGUUUUUUCUUUUCUUUUCCGGUA